AUGGCAGCGGUUUUGGCAAUAGAAAAGGCUCGUCAUUUGAAUUGGACAAAGUUGUGGUUAGAAACAGAUUGUGCACUUCUUGUCAAAGCUUUUUCAGAUUCAAGCUUGGUCCCUUUAUUCAAAGAUUGGAGGAAGAAUGAUGAAAACGAAAUACCCAUAAUUGAUGUUGAUUCAUACGUGUAUGAGAUCGACAUGCCGAGAUUGAAAUUUGGUAGCGAGAGAAAGGCUGGUGUUGAAGACGAUGAUUUCCUUGUGAUUAGCGAAGAGAAGAAGAGGGAAGAAGGUGUCGAGUAUUCGAGGAUGGAGCGAAGAGUUGGCAAGUUCAAGCGCAAAUUUGUUCUUCCUAAGAAUGCUAAUGCUGUCUCUGCUAUCUGUCAAGAUGGAGUGCUUAGUGUUACUGUCCAGAAAUUGCCUCCUCCUCCUCCUCCCCAGCCUAAGAACACUAGAAGGACUAUUCCGGUUAUCAUUGCUUGAAACCAUGUUUUCACUAAUCAUGAUGUAGUAGUUUAUGUGUUAAUGUGGUGAUUAGAAUCACUGUGUUAACAUUUUUGAAUCGACUGUUAGCAUUACAAAUUAGUAAUUUUGAUACUGUUAUGAAAUGGUUCUGUUUGUAACCUUCUGGUUUAUGAUGAUAUAUGUAUAGUAGAUUUAUUUGUAAUCUAAAGUUUAUGUUUUGUGGGGUUAUUUUGUUCUUCAUGUAUCUGAGUUCAUGUGUUAAAUGAUAUUAGAGUCUAUCUAUUUAUGUCAUCCCUUAAAUUAUCUAUAGA